UCUGCUGACCUUCAGGAUGUCAUGUUUACUGCCCUGGUGAAGGACAGACCGAAAUUCGUUCGCCUCUUUUUGGAAAAUGGCUUGAAUCUAAGGAAGUUCCUCAACCAUGAAGUUUUGACUGAGCUCUACACCAACAAUUUCAGCAGUCUGGUGUUUAAAAACCUGCAGAUUGCUAAGAACUCAUACAAUGACAGCCUGCUUACGUUUGUGUGGAAGAUGGUGGAGGAUUUCAGAAGGGGGGCGAAAAAAGAGGACAAAAAUAUAAAAGAGGACUCAAUGGAGAUACACCUGCCGGAAGCCUCUCCAAUUCCAAGGCAUCCCCUGCAGGCUCUCUUUAUUUGGGCAGUUCUUCAGAACAAAAAGGAACUCUCUAAAGUGAUUUGGGAACAG